GGGGGGCAGAGCAAGCGCAGUCCUGCAAACUGCCUGUGCCACAAACCGAACUCGCCUCUGACGCGUAUCUCAUUCCUCCGGACUGUUCACCUGGGAGACCGCAUGAAAAACAGACCACUACACGUUUGCUGAUAGACUACUUAAUGCAAUCUGUUCCAUGGGAGGAAUGUGGUACAAUUAGUUGCAUUGAGGAAUACAAUUUUUUUAAAGUUUGUUUACUGUGAAAAGAGUAACCAGCACAGUUGAGACUUCAAGCGUGUGUGGUUUACGGUAGGCACCAAUUAAACGUUUAAAAGGGAACAUGGCGACGGGUGGAUUUAGAUCAAACGCACCCACGGACUUUUUGGAAGAAUGGAAAGCUAAACGUGAGAAAAUGAGGGCGAAAAUGCUCGGGGAUAUUGCUGCGUCUACCAGCGGGGGCUGCGUCAGCGGUACCGCGGCUUCCUCACUUGGAACAAAUCCCAAAAAUGAAGCACGGAAUACAAGCCAGGGCACCGAAUUAAACAACAACAACGGCAACCCGGACCGGACCGGUUCCUCCUCUGUCAAUUGCGUGUCAUCUCAUCCCGUGGUUCGGUCAUCCUCCGGAUCUGCUCUCAGGAGGCCGGACGAUGACCCACAACCGACACCGGUCACCAGGGGAUCCGAUUCCCCAGUGGGCAACCUGAAGAAGACACCCCAACCGGAGAAAGUAGCCAGUACCCCUCAGCCGGAGUCCAGCGAUAAUGCGUACGUCGAAGACGACAAGGAAAGCCCAACUUCGGGAGCUGGCUCCAACAAGGGGAAAGAGAAGAAGAGCUCUGGCCCCAGCGCCAGGAAGGGAAAGGGCCAGAUAGAAAAGAGAAAGUUGAGGGAGAAGCGGAGAUCAACCGGUGUUGUCAGCAUACCGUCCAAUGAGAGUCUGGAUGAGUUGGACGAUGACGAUGGCGUGCAGAAGGAGAGGAAGAGAGAGGAGGAGCUCACUCAGCUCAACACGGUCCAGAACGAGACCAUGACCUCUGACCCCACCAUGGCCCAUCUCUCUCCGGACACACCCAGAGCAGCAGCAUCGGGCCGGUAUAAAAGCUCGACCAGCCCGGGGUCUGAGGAGGAGGGGGGGGGCGGCAGCAGGCAUCGCCAGGGUUACGGUCGCCAUGGAAGAGAGGGCAGCGCCGCGGCCGCUGGUGGGCUGGAGAGGAAGGUGGAGGAGCUGGAGAAGGAGCUGGCCAGAGAGAGGCAGGAGAGCUCACGGCUACUGAAGGCCCACGAGGACAAAGAUGACCUCAUCAUCAAGCUGAAGGAAGAGAUCGACUUGCUGAACAGAGACCUGGAUGACAUCGAGGAUGAGAACGACCAGCUAAAGCACGAGAACGAAACUCUGCUCAAAGUGGUCGGUCGGCUGACCAGAUCCUGAAUCAAGCAUUCCCAAGGAGCUCCACUCUCUUCCCGGGAAUUCCGCAACAAUUCCGCAAUUCCAGUCUCUUCUCGCUCGACAGAAGAUGAGUUUCCGUGCUGUCCUGAAGUUCUUAAGGCCUUACAGGACAUCAAGCUUCGUUCUCCAUGGAGCAUUUUGUCUGUCUGUUUUUAAAAGGGGAUUUGAAGGUAGUUGGUGUUGUCAUAGAGUACGAAAUCGGAUUUAAUUUAUAUGUGGGUGAUUAUAUGUUUUAUGUAAAUGUUUUGUAUAUAGGCCACUUUCUUUUCUUUUCCCUUUUUUUAUCUUUAAAAGAAAAAUGACGUGAAUGAAUGUGGUACACCACCAAAAAAAGAGGCAUUUAUAAACAUCAACUCCACCCUAACGAUAAACAGCCUUUUUAAUGAAAGGGUUUUCCAGGGCUGUUCACUUUUAAUUAGCACAAAUUUGCUCAGAGAUCACCUGAUGUUAUUUUCUUUUCUCAUAUGUGGUACCUACAUUUAACGGUAAAUCUCAUUAUUGCUGACAAUGCGCUUUGCUUCCUAUAAAAGACAUUUUAAGAUCACAUUCCACUAGCCAAAGCGCGAAUGGUGCCUUGCAAAUUACGUGUAUGAGUUUUAAAUACAUGAGCGGUUUAAUUUACGAGGGAGAGAGUAAAAAGCCUGGUGCUUUUAUGUUAAUAUGAUACCCAGUGUUACCGCGGUUAUCUAGAUGUGUACAUUUAAAGGUUUAAAUGGAGGGGCAGAUAGAAAUGCAGAAAUCAUAUUAAGUAAAUUCAUGGUGUAAAAUGUCCUUCAUAAAUUAGCUGACAUUUUAAUUUAGCUAGUGCUGGUGGUGAAUACUGGGAUUACAAAUAGCAGAAAUAUAUCAUGUUCAGUUUAUAUUAAAGCAAUUAGUUCAUGCUGGUAAUUAAAGCAAAUACUUGUUUGCAUUAUUAAGAGGUCUACUUGAUUAUAUGCUAGAUGUAUGACUCAUAGAGCCAACUAUUGCAGAACAUUGUCACCUAUAUCAGCGGACCGUUUGGAAGGCCUACGUGAUGGUUUCUGGCUUUCCCACUGAACGCAGUGAGAAUGCAUAGCAGCUUUAUUAUUCUAAUCAUUCGCACUAUUCAGCCUGGUAGACAUCGCUCUCCAUAUUAGGACCUGUUCUGUAUUCCAGCGUAUGAUUAAGCUGUCAUAGCAUACGAACGUGCAAAUUGUAUUGCAUCUUAAAUCGCGUAAAGAAGUCUCAGAGUGUACAUUUAGUAUUCGGCUGUAAUGGAGCGAGCUCGAAACGACUCCCUCCCUCCGGAGUU